CAUGUAUUCUCGAAACGAUCUUAACGCUAGGAUAUGCUUAUCUUCCAACAUUGAUUCUAGGACAUCCUAGCGCUCAGAUCGUUUCGAGAAAACGUGGCCUGUCUUUGUCUGUGAAGAACUGUGACUCGAGCACACCUUCUUGGCUCCGUUCAAAAUCAGCUAAGUAACGAAUGUUAUAUGAAAUGAAGAUAUUACAUAUUAUGUAUAUAUUUCCUCAAUAGCCAUCAUAAAUUACCAUGCUUUUUUCCCAAUUUAAACCUUUUUGGAACAUAAAUUUCAAUUUUAAAAGAUUUCGCUUUUUGUUUGAAAAAUCUGAAGUUGGUAAAUUUAGUUUUCAAGAUGUCUGCCUGCAUAAACACGUGAAUACUGAAUUAAAAACAUCCUGACAGUUAAGUAAAAUUAACAGAUUGAAAGACAGUAAUGGGGAAAGAUCGAAAGAAAAAAUUUAAGGUUCCAAAGCAACGACCUACUGGAUUGCCAAGUGUCAGAGAGUUUGAAGAAGAGUUAAGAAAUGGUGGUGGAGACAGCAUUGAUUCCAUUAACUCGGAUACUUCAACCGUAGUUGCUGAAGUUUUGGAGAAGCUUCAGUCAGGUCAAGUAGAAGAAAGAGAAAUUGGAUGUAGUAUAUUGGUUGGUCUGGUUUCACAAUCUGAAGCAAUAUCCACAUUAUUAAAACAUAAUAUUAUUCGAAUACUAGGACCAUUAAUAGUUGAUCCUAGUCCUGAUGUCAGAUGUAGAUCCCUUGGUGUCUUAAGAAAUAUCAGUGUGGAUGGAGGCCAUGCAGUUUGUGAAGAAAUGAUUCAAAAAGAUGUAAUGACACCAUUAGUUGCUCUUUUUCACAAGUAUGGUAUUAGUUGGAAUCCAGAAGAAGAAACUAAAUCUACUGAUUCAGCUGUAGAUAUUUAUAUUGAAGCUGUUCAUUUACUAUGGAAUUUAUGUGAGAGUUCUGAUAUUGCUGUGAAGAUAUUUAAUAAAGAAAAUUUAAUUCAACACCUUUUACCAUGUCUGAAUUAUGAAACCUAUACUUUCCCCUUAGCUGUUGCAGUAGCACAAUGUCUACAUACAGUAGCAGAAGAUAAUAAACAAAUGGGUAUAUUUUGUAAACAAGGGGAAGUUAUGGGAAAAUUACAACAACUAACAACAAUUGCUUGUGAUACAACAGAUGCUUUUUUAUUACGCACAUUGAGUACUGGUAUUAUUGUAAAUAUAUAUGGAGAAGAACUGGUAUCUGUAAAUAGUAGUUUGGUAUCAGCUAUUAUUAAGUCUGCUGCUGAAGUAUUAGAUAUGAAUAUCAGAGACAAUAUUAAUACCUAUAUUCAUUCAACAGAGAAUGGAAAUGGAUUGACUGUAAAUACUGAAGUAAUGGAAGGUGCUGAACAUCUUCCAGAAGAAUCUAUAUCUAGUCUUACAAACCCUUCAGAUGAUAACUCAAAAGAAUUGACUGAUAUUGAAAAUCUGUUGAAUGCUCAACGGUUAAGUUCAGAGAUAAUAGCUAAUUUAUGUUGUUCAGAUGAUGAUGGAUUUGAAGAAUUACAUGAAUCAAGUUCAACAGAAGAUUUAACAACUGAUACUGAUAUGGGAACAAGUUUUUCACCAUUAUGUUUAUCAAGUGAAGUUCAUUCAGAGUUCCUAACACACAGUAUAUUUAGCAAGCUACUAGAUAAAGCUGAAUGCCUUACAGAAGAACAGAAAACUGUGUUACAGAGAAAUAGUCAAGGACAAAAAGUAUUGAGAAGUUAUAUGCAAGUACAGGAACAUAGUUUAUUGUCAGCUCACAAUAUGAUUAAUGCCAUUGAUGAUAAAGAUUUAGGUGGUUUACAGAAAUUAGAAACAGUGUGGGAAGGUUUAGCUAAACUGUCUACAUCUAAACAAGCAAGUGAAGAUAAGAGUUUCUUAGAAGCUGUAACUAGUGCUAUGAGAGCUGUCAUACAGAAACUUUCUCAACUCAAAUCCUCAAAUUUCGAAGAUAUUACGAAAAAUGAUUUAGAGUAUUUAUAUAAUAUAAGUAUAACAAGUGAUAAUACAAUAAAGAUUAAUAUCAUCAGAAUAGUAUCAACAAUAGGUUGUAUUCUGGCUACUAAUUUACAACCUCAUCCUAUGUUAAAGGAUAUAGGAGUGUUUCUAAUAAAGAAUUGUCGAGACCCAGAUUUACUAGUAACAGCAGAAGCAUUAGACUCUAUAUUUGAUGUAUUUGGUGAAGAUCAUAUAGAUUCUAUUGUAAAAGAAAUAAAUUUAAUACAAGAAUUACGUACUAUUCUUCCACCAUUAAAAGCUAAGAUUAGUAAACAGAAGAAAAUAUUGGGAGAUAAAUAUCCUAUAGUGGCUACAGCAAGAACAAACCUGAUUAAAUUUAUCAGAUAUAAAUCAUAAAGUGCCUUAUAUUACCUACAAUUUGAUAUAUUGAUAUAUAGAGCAAGACAUUAUGAUGAUAUAGAGCUUCCAGCUAACAUUUCAAGAGUACCCAUGGAUUACUAAAACUAAUUUGAAAUAUUGUUCUAUGCCAGAAUGUUUGUUUUGUUAAUGUCAUUUUAAACUAGAUAUAGAUUGUAGUUAUUAUUAUCUCUCAGGUUGAUUCCUGUAAAAGAAUGAAAAAAAGAAAUUAAAAUGUGAAAAUGAAGUUAUUGCCUUGUUUUAAUAAAUUUCAAGCAAAAUUCUAGACAGAUUUUGGCAAAACUUAAAUGAAAUUUUUAAUUACUAUACCUUUUCUGUUAUUGUGAGAAAAAGGUUAUUCAGCACCAAAACAAUUUUAUCUCUAAAAAUUUUCAAUUGCAAGAACAAAAAAGAUUUCACAUUUUCUGAAAUGCAAUACAGUAGAGAUAACUUGAUGUUAAAUUGAAAUACAGGGAUAGGGAUUUACUUGUGGAUGUAUAUUGUCAUUUGAACUGUCCAUCCGUUGGUUUGUCCAUUUCAUGUUGAAUGUUGAACCAUUGAAGUUAGAUUUUAACAAAAUUCAAAGAUGUUCUUAAAAGUUUUUUAGUUUUGCCCUUGACAUGCCAACAAAGUGUUAAAAUCAGCUUGUUAGAGUUUUCAUCUGCUAUUGUUGAAACUGGGUAUAUUAAAGCUGCAGACACACAAAUGGUUUUGGUCAGCGUUUUUUUUCAAUUUUUGUUGCAUACUAGAGUCUUGUCAAGAGUUUCACCGACAGGCCAGGGGUACACAAGGAAAUAAAAAACAAGAUGAUCAUGCAAUUUAAUUGUAAAUGAAUCUGAUUAGAUGACACUCUGCAGACGAUAGAAUGAUCAGCAACAAUUAUCAAACUGAUAUUUUAAAUUCCCGCUGGUAACGGGAUAAUCUUGUUGUGGAAGUGCAGACACACUUGAGAUUUUACUCGAAAUUCGGGUCGGCAACAAAAACUUUUUCAUGUGCCUGCAGCAUUAUGCAGAUGGAUGAGCUCUCAGAUAAGUUAAAGUUUUGUUGUACUUGACAUUCAACUUUCCUAGUUUAAACAAACCAGUCAGUGUACAGUGCCAGUAUUGUUGAUUACUUAUUUUUAACUGAAUGUUCAGACAGUUUAAUGUUUAAGAUUAUUUGAACAAGCUUUGACAAAACAUAGUAUUGAAUGUAAUUUAUUGUAAAAUAUGUAAAUAAAAUCAUUGAUUUUGAAACUUU